GGUUGAGGAAAAAUAUUUCCAGACCUCAUAGUAAGAUAAUAAUACGUAUAUCUAGCCAGACCAGAGGUUAUAUAGUAAUAAGAAGAAGAAUUGAACCACAGUGACGAAAGUUUAUUUUCAUAGUUUUUAAUGUGAAAAUUUAAAUAUUAUUUACUGAAACCGUGCAACUAUUUUACAAUAAUCAUGUCAACACCCGGAAAUGCUAUGGAUUCUCUUAGUGCGGCUUUGAAGUGUAACAUAAUUCCAAAUCAAGAGUACCUUUUACAGGGUUCAGUGCUGGAUCAAUAUGUUGAAGUUCUAUUACAUCGUUUAAGGGGUUUAUGUGACAACGUUGAUAGUGGCCCGGAGACAUUUCAUGAUCACGAACUAUGUUUUUCCUUACGAAUAAAUACAGGAGGUACCAACGCGAUGCCAAUGUCUGUAUUUUCCCUAAGAGUUCGUAGAGCAUUAGAUGUAAACGAUACACCAUUUCAAUUACGAUAUAUUGGACAGCAAGAGCUAGGAGAUAAAAAUAGACCAACAGUAGUUAGAUCAAGUAUUGACAUGGCUUGCAGUUCUACAAUAAUAGACUUUUUAACUGAACUUGGUUGUAGACUUGAUUUUGAAUAUAUUGCAAGAGGAUAUAUGUUUAGGAAAGGGAGAAUGAAAAUUACAGUUUCUAAAAUUUUUAAAAUGGGUGGAAGUAAGCCUGGUGAAAGUGUUGAACCUAUUUCUCAAAGUUACUUGGUUGAACUUUCUGUUUUGGCACCAUCUGGACAAGAUGCUAUUGGUGAAGAUAUGAGAAUAUUUGCUGAACAGCUACGACCUUUAGUACAAUUAGAAAAAAUUGAUUACAAAAGACUGGGAAAUAUUAUGUAAUUUUUUUAUGUUUUCAUAUAUGUAGUUUAUAAGAAAGAUAAUAAAUAAGCUUAAACUCUUCAUGUGUUGUGUAAUCUUUUUAUCAGUAUUAAUCUGAAUUAGAAAGAAUUAAAUUUUAUCAAAGUAUUGCACUUAUUGUCUUUAUUUAUGAUUUAUUAUAUGAGAAAUAUUGACCUUCCCUAUUCAGUGAUCCAUUUUUUAAUUUGUAUUUCAUUUCAAUAUAUUUAUCUUUUCUGUUUUGGGUCCCUUGCAUAGAUUUUCAGUUUUUAUGUCCAUAAAGUAUUGUAACGGUGGUUAUAUGAAAUAUUUAAUCUUUUUAUACAUGGAUAACAGAACAUUUUUAUAAAUUUUGAAAAUCAUUGGGCACAUGUAAUUUCAUCCUUUUUAUGUUAUUUACCACAAAAUAACCUCUAACCUCUGUGGUUUACUACGCAAUUAUAUUUAAAAAAGUGGUAGUUGACGUUGUUCUUACAAAUAUAUAGAAUAAACCUUUUGCCAGUUAAUUAUAUACAUUUUAUUAUCCUAGCUAGCUUUGAAUUCAAAAUAUAAUUUUGGAUGUUCAUGAAUCGUUAGUGGAGGAAUGUAUGUUUAGAACAUAUUCUGAUUAAAGUAUGCGCAUUUGACACGUCCAGAAGAAAUUCGCAAUACAUUCAUAAUGUGUCUCAAAUUUUAUACCACCUGGUGAUUUUUUGUCUGUUAGAUAAAUAUGAAAUUCUCAAAAUGUUAAGUUUAUUCUGUUAUGGAUUGUUGUGUUCUCGUUUGCCAGAUUUUUACCUUGUUUACAAGUAGAUCUUAGUAUGGUUGUUAUAACAACUAGGAAUAAAAAAAAGAUAAUUUUGCUGGU